AUGGAAGUAUUGUAUAUAGGGGUUGAAUAUGGGCGUUUGCCACCUUGCUGUCACUCCUGUGGAAUUUUUGGUCAUGAUUUUUCUAAGCCUACGAGGCCAACGAAAAGGAUAUGGAGGAAGAAGAAAAUUCAUGUUGAGAAGGUUCAGAUUGGGAUGGAGGAAGAGUCUUCGCUGCAGGAUGUGUCGAACUCUGAGCAGCAACUGGAAUUUGCUGAAUCUGUUACACCAAGUGCUCUACUGACUCAAGAAGACUUUAGCAAAGUCAUCAACGGUGCCAAACAGCCUCAAGUCUGGAAAACAACUGAGAUGGUUAGUCAUUCUAACUCUUUUGAGAUUCUAUGCUCUAAAGAGGUGCAAUUGCAAUUUCCCCCGCUGAGAAGAGAGGGCCUUCGUAGUCAGAAGGGAGCUAACAAGGCUCCACCUCCCUCUAAAUGA